AUCACCACGAUAAAAUGAGGGAAAUAAGAGCUCGUACAGAAAGAUAUAGGUGUUCAUUCUUUCCGCGCGCUAUACGAGAUUGGAAUAAUAGAGAAUUGUGAAGGUGGUUCGAUGAGCCCUCUGCCGGGCACCCGAAUGUGAUAUGCGGCGUAUCCAUGUAGAUGUGAAAUCACUAAUUGGACUCAUGUGAUGGCGGCCGCUGCGGAGGCAGAAUCCGAAAGGUGCAGCCAUCUGACCCUUUCAGAUGAGGCGGAGGAGAUACCAGAGGGGGUGGGAGGCCUGAGUGAAUGUGCUGUUGAGUUGCUCAAGAAAUGUACCCAGAGUGGAGAAGCGAUAUCACACCAACUGCAGCGGAUAUCCAGACCAAUGGUUGCGGGGACGGGAAUUGGUCACACUCUGCAGAGACGCGCAGCGCCUUCUAUAGCACCGCUCACAGUUGCGUGAGAGGCGGCAGCUGCCCCUACAGCGCACCGGCGCAUACCCUAUGGCGUCCGUGGACAACUCAGCCGACAGGAGGUGGUCAUCUGUCUCCCACCUAUCAGAAUCCAUUCCAUAUAAUCCAGGAUCAUUCUUCAUGGGUUCAGAGGGAUGGCAUGUGGAACACCAUCCUGGAUAUCUACAAAGAUGAUGACGGAGCUCUUGAAACCUUGCGCCGUGUUCUCAAGUUUGACCCGUAUGCCUCCAGGUGUCACUCAAUUUGCUGAUUAUGCAGAAACAGAACGUGAUCAAACUAACAGUGGAGAUGUAUAGUGGUGCUGAACAUGCCAAGAGUUGCCUGUUGUGCCAUGAAACACAGUCACUAAUUAUUGUAAGAAGAUGCUUUAGAAUGGAGCAUCACAAAGCUCUUGCCCAAGGGAAAGGCUAUAAAAGCAUGGUAUGAUUCGUUUGUGGAAACAGGCUGUGUGGCACUUCGAGAGAAAGGGAAAGGUCAUCCAUGGAAGGCAGGCUCUCGUGCAUCUGGGAAGAAAUUGUGUAUGGCUGGAAUAUCUGCCAUGUGACAAGAGGAAGCCACAUGGAGCAUUUGUAGAAAGAAAGUUGAGGUUCUAUCAAUUUUGCAAAUGAGAAUCAAAUGGAUAAAGUUGUACAACAUAUCUGCAACGAGAAACCGUUUUGAAAGAGAACCAAACAAAAACUCUUAAGUAUAUUGAUAGCUUAUUACAUCAUCAUGUUACAGAUAUUUUGGAGUAAAUAUUAAUGUGUUCAUGUAAUUUAAUGUUAAACAGCAAGUAAACUGAUGUUCUGCUGAUUUUUGUUUGUUUCUAAUUAGUUUUUGGCUUAUUGGGCUCUCAUCAGGAAACAACUUACUAGUGUCUACAAGGUACGCUAGUUCUUAGGUAACCAAACAUUAUAAGCAGAUAUACAAUCCAGUUGCACAGCAUACUAUUUAUGUAGUAAAUUGAAAAUUGACAAUAAAGUAAGUUUUUAGUUUUU